UCUUAAUCAUCCCUUUAAGAUAUGUUUAUAUAGAAACAAAAUGACCUAUUCCCAGAAAUAUACCUAUUCACUGGAGUAAAAAGUGUGCCUACCAUGAUCUCCCCAAUUUAUAACAGAAUGUCUAUAUUUUUGCACUUAAAUAGCUUUGCGGUGUGUCAAAUAUGUUUUUUUUUUAGAAGUAUAACAAAUUCAUGUCUCAGUUUAUAUGGUCAUAAUAUAUAUGAAAGAAAAAAGUUAUAAAAUAACGAAAUGCUGUUUAAAUUUGUUUUUGAUAGAGAGGAUGUCAAAAGUGCAUUCUUGAAUAUAUCACUGGCCAACCUCACAUUUGUAAAUAAGUUACUAUUGAAACCCAAAUUCAUUGCGAAUUCACUCAAUAAAAUGAAUGCUAAAAAUGAUAUAUUUGUUAAAGACAACGGUCAAGUUCAUUCUCCUGUAGGAGGCGCUUUUGAUAAAACAUAGACGCGCUACAGAGACUCCCACAAAAGUUAGCGAUUGCCGUCGUACUUAUAAAGUGCAGAGAGGUUUAAGAAAAUCCUGUACCCAGUUUUCAGGAAUAGGAAGGAAACGAUGACUUACUUGAAACACGUUUUCAUUUUGGUAACAAUGCGAUGUUUUGUUCAGGGUGAAACAGAGGCAAUUCGUCCUGGAAAAAUGUCUGGCGUUUUUUGCACUUUUAAAGAGAAGACUUACAGGCCAGGAGAUAGCUGGCAUCCCUAUUUGGAACCCUUUGGAUUCAUGUUCUGCAUGCGUUGUACUUGCACUGAAUCUGGUCAUGUGAAAUGCAACCCCAUCAAAUGCCCUGUUCUGCGAUGUGAAAAUCCAGUGACUCACUCACAGCAGUGCUGCCCUCGUUGUGCAGAUGAGCACAGAACUCCUGCUGGUCUUCGGGCACCCAUUAAAACCUGUAGGUAUAAUGGAAGUAUAUACCAAACAGGGGAAACAUUUACCAACCAUGAACUCUUCCCAUCCCGUCAAUCCAACCAAUGUGUCAUGUGCACUUGCUCUAAUGGAAAUAUAUUCUGUGCAUUGAAAACAUGUCAGCCCAUUACAUGCUCCUCACCAGUUUCAGUUCCAGAUACGUGCUGCUUGUUGUGCAAAGAGGGUGCAAUUGAUAUCAAUUCUGCCUCAUUUGGGGAUGGAGGACAACAACUUAACAGAGGAGUUAGGCAUUCUGUGGAUCACUGUGCUGGGGACCAGGUCAGGGGUCGCUCUAUUAGGGCCACACCAUCAACACUGCGGAGCUCUCCGAGAGGCCUCAACCUACAGACGCUACACCUUACGCUACAAGGAGCUGCAGAGACUACUGUUAAGAUUCUUCUACAGCGCAAACAUCAGAGAGCUUGCGUGUACAGCGGCAAGACCUACUCCCAUGGCGACAUGUGGCAUCCGGUGCUGGGCAAAGUCUUAGAGUGCAUUCUGUGCACCUGCAUGGACGGCUUUCAAGAAUGCAGGCGCAUCACAUGUCCCAGCCAGUAUCCAUGCCAACAUCCCAUAAAGACAUCAGGAAAAUGCUGCAAGAUUUGUCCAGAGCUCAAAGCAGAGAGCAAUAGGACAGAGUGCUACCUUGGCCAGGACAAUAACAGUCUCUUGGUAUAUAAAGUUGAAUCCUCAUCUGCCACUCAAUUAGAGGACAAAGUGCGGAUGAUAGCCAUCGAGAGACAAGGAACCACUGAGGUUGAAGUGCAAGUUUGGAAAACAGUUGAAGGUGUUUUGCAUCUAAUGGAAACAGGUGAUGUUCAAAAGAAAGACCUCAUAGAACAUCCCGAAAAUUACAUCUUACUGACCACAUUAGAUGAGGACACUUGGAGAAAGUUCAAAGAAGAGGAGGACAAGCAGAAGGACUUAAGUAAGAAUAGGAGCUGUGAAGAUGGAAUAAAGGAAGUAGUGAAGUACUUAAACCCUGAACAGCUGGACAGUCUUUGCAGUUCUUAGUCUCCUCCCUGUUCUCUAACACUGCCAUCCCUGUCUAUGACACCCAUUUUAUUACACGAAGAACACACUCACCCCCACACAAUGUGCAUGUAGUACAAAACCAGAUGCUGGCAGCAGAUAGUCUAAAGAUCUUGUUUAUUUCUAUGAGUCAGUUCAGCGCAAGUCUUAAUGAGUUUGACAGCUCAGAAUUCUUUGUAGGACCUUGCUUUUUUCAGAGGUCUUGAGGUCAGGCAUUGCUGAAAAUUUUAUAUUUGAGAUGGAAAAUGAGUGAAUACAUGCAUAUGUCUCAGUAGGCUACUAAGUGGGCCAAAGUUGUAGGUGUGCUCAAGAAAGAAAGGGUGUAAAGCAAUCAUCAUUAAAGGGAUACUUCCCCAAAACUGAAAAUUAUGUCAUCAUUUACUCACCCUCAUGUUGUUCCAAACCUGUAACACUUUCUUUCCUCUGAGCAGAAUGACAGUCUCAGUCACAAUUCUUUAAUGUAUGGAAAAAAGAAGCAAUGAAAGUGAAUUUUGACUGAGGCUGUCAGUCCCUAACAUUCUGCCCUUUGUGCUCCAUGAAAAAAGAAAGUCAUACAGGUUUGGAAUGGCAUGAGCAUGAGUAAAUGAAUACAGAACGUUCUGUUUUGGUUGAACUAUCCUUUAAAAAGGAAUGGUUUAUGCUAUUAUAGCAAGCAUCCACUGUAUGUACAUAAAAGGAAUAGCACAGGAUGAUAACAGCUUAUUGGCCAGAAUGCUUUUAUAAAGUUGACAUAGGCCACCUUUUUUUUCCAAUGUACUUAGUUACACGUCAGUCAUAUAUGUAUCAUGAUUCAACUAAAAAUACACUAUUUAUUGUACAUUUAAAGGAGCAAAUAUAAUUUUCUUUGAACAUAACUUUAAUAGAAUUAUGUUUUUAAUACAACAUGUUUUGCACUGUCAUUCAUGUAGCAUGUAUGUGUAUUGAUAUGGUUAUGUAUCAUUCCUAUGCACUUAAAAUUUUCAUAAAUAUAUUGGGCUAAUGUCUGGUGUGACACUGACCAAUACAACAGUUUUUAUAAUGCAAGGCUCUGUAGCAUAAGUUACAAUUCUAUUGCUUGUUUGCUUGUUUUCCCAAGAGUUAUAAUGACCUUAAAUGUAUUAAAGAGAAUUCCUACUAAUGCCAUAAAUGUAGGUCAGAAUUUGAAAGCAAUAAGAUGUGUUGAUUGUUGAGAUUUAACAGGUUUUAAAGAAUAGUUCACCCAAAAAUUGUAAUUCUCAAAAAAUAUUUACUCACCCUCAUGUUGCUCCAAACCCACAAGAUUUCUUUCUGCUGAGGAACACAAAAGGAGAAUUUUUGAAGAAUCAAAUCUUAACUUAAGAUAAAGUCAUAUGGACCACUUUUAUGGUACUUUGUCAUUUUGGAGUUUGACAGUCCAAGUUUGAGUUGGGAAUUGUAAGGAAUUUAACCAUUCCAGUUCCCCAAUGGGGAUUA